GCUUCUCAGUAGCGCUGAGCUUAGCUUCACAGUGGUAGCUGGUUGUUUUCCUCAUCGCCGCCCGGGGUCCCCACUCGUCGUCGCCGCCGCUGAACUCCGCCGCUGCAAAACCCGUCGUUACUUUUCCAGCGGCGCUAAAGACGGACCACAGGCUACAGAUGGACCAGCAGGACCAAUCCUAUAUGUUUGCCAGUCUCACGCGGCCCCACUCGGAGCAGCUGCUGCAAGGCCUCCAGCUCCUGCGGCAGGAUCAUGAACUAUGUGACAUUGUCCUGCGUGUGGGCGAUGCCAAGAUCCAUGCCCACAAAGUAGUGCUGGCCAGCAUAAGUCCUUACUUCAAGGCCAUGUUCACGGGUAACCUGUCCGAGAAGGAGACCUCUGAGGUGGAGUUCCAGUGCAUCGACGAGACUGCCUUGCAGGCCAUCGUAGAGUACGCCUACACUGGUACUGUGUUUAUCUCCCAGGAAACGGUGGAAUCUUUGCUCCCGGCUGCCAACUUACUCCAGGUUAAGCUAGUGCUUAAGGAGUGCUGCUCCUUCUUGGAGAGCCAGCUCGAUGCUGGGAACUGUAUAGGCAUCUCUCGCUUUGCAGAGACGUAUGGCUGUCACGAUCUGUGCCUGGCUGCAACUAAGUUCAUCUGUGAGAACUUUGAGGACGUCUGUCAGACGGAGGAGUUUUUUGAACUGACGAGGGCCGAGUUGGACGAAAUUGUGUCCAAUGACUGCCUUAAGGUGGUCACGGAGGAGACUGUAUUCUACGCCCUGGAAUCGUGGAUCAAAUAUGAUGUAACUGAGAGACAGCAGCAUCUGGCACAGCUGCUGCACUGCGUUCGCCUUCCACUCCUCAGCGUCAAAUUCCUCACUCGCCUAUAUGAAGCCAACCACCUUAUACGAGAUGACCACGCAUGCAAGCACCUGCUCAAUGAGGCCCUUAAAUAUCAUUUUAUGCCAGAGCACCGACUUUCCUAUCAGACAGUUCUGUCCGCACGGCCCAGGUGUGCUCCCAAGGUGCUGCUUGCAGUCGGAGGCAAGGCUGGACUGUUUGCCACACUAGAAAGCAUGGAAAUGUAUUUCCCUCAGACCGAUUCGUGGAUCGGACUGGCCCCUCUCAGCGUGCCACGGUACGAGUUUGGUGUAGCAGUGCUGGACCACAAGGUAUAUGUGGUGGGAGGCAUUGCCACACACAUGAGACAGGGCAUCAGCUAUCGGAGACAUGAGAGCACAGUGGAGAGCUGGGACCCCGAAAGCAACACCUGGUCCUCGGUGGAGCGCAUGGCCGAGUGCCGCAGCACCCUCGGGGUGGUGGUGCUGGCCGGAGAGCUGUACGCCCUGGGGGGCUAUGACGGGCAGUAUUACCUUCAGUCGGUGGAGAAAUACGUCCCUAAGUUGAAGGAGUGGCAGCCGGUGGCACCCAUGACAAAGUCCCGCAGCUGCUUCGCCACUGCUGUGCUGGAUGGAAUGGUGUACGCUAUUGGAGGCUAUGGCCCAGCCCACAUGAACAGCGUGGAGCGGUACGACCCCAGCAAGGAUGCCUGGGAAAUGGUAGCCCCCAUGGCAGAUAAGAGGAUUAACUUUGGAGUAGGCGUCAUGCUCGGCUUCAUAUUUGUGGUUGGUGGACAUAAUGGAGUGUCACACCUGUCCAGCAUUGAGAGGUACGAUCCACACCAGAACCAGUGGACAGCCUGUCGGCCGAUGAACGAACCUCGCACAGGUGUAGGCUCUGCCAUUGUGGACAACUACCUCUAUGUGGUGGGAGGUCACUCUGGGUCGUCUUACCUGAACACUGUCCAGCGCUAUGACCCCAUCUCAGACAGCUGGUUGGACUCGAGCGGCAUGUUGUACUGCCGUUGUAACUUUGGCCUGACUGCCCUUUGACCCAUGGCCCAGCUGGCUAGGACCCAAUAAGAGAACUUAGACACGAAGACUUUUCUUUUUUGUUGUCUCCUCCUCCGUCCCACAUUCAUCCUCCAGGUGCAGGGUAGCGCUGCACAGCAAUGGGAACACCAGAGGAGAGGAUGAGAGAGCCUGCUGGGUGGAUCAAUGUGCUGGGCGAGCUGGCUGGAGAGAGAGGGGGACCACAGACAUGGCUGUGGCGAUGAAGAGCUACGAAGUUGCGUGGAUGUGAAAGGAAGAGAGUUGGACGGCUGCUGUCACGGGCACAAGGAGACGACCGCUCUACUGCUGCUGGACCACAAUAAGGACUCUGAGCCAUUUCCCAGAGGAUUGUGGGAAAAAUCUUGUCACUUUUUUCUUCAUUAUUCUGUUAUGUCAGCACACAUUUGUGUUUUAUUUACGUCAUACCAUUUAACACCUACAUUUUUUUUUUUUUUCUCGUUAAUUUCCCUGCUGCAAAACGGAACCAUAUCUUCAAACUUUAGAACACCGCUUGUGUACUUGUAUGAAAUAUGUGGUUGUCGGCCAUGUUAGUGUGUAUGUCCGUGUGUAUGCUCGAGGAGUAAGUGCAUGUCAGAUAGGAUUGUUUUGCUGCGUGUUUACGUGCAGAACCGAUGCUCGUGCUCAGCGACCCACGAGCUCUGCAUCAAAAUCAGUGCUUCACAAAAAAAACGUUGGAAUCUUUAUAUUUUCUCAAAAAGGGCUGCCUUUUUUCCUCUCUUGUAAAUUGUCUAAAUGAAAUAUAUAUAGAUGAAUAUAUCCUCUAGUGCAUUGCCUGUAAAUGUUUUUUCUGCACUGGGUCACUAGCGUGUGAAUGUAUGUGUGUAGUUUGAUUCCAAGGGUCAAUUUAGAGGUGAAUGACGAAUUCUCCUCGUUGUUUGCCACUAGUCUGUCAUUCUUGGAGCCAUGUUAAGAAAAUAAUGAUCCCCAUGUUCUAGCUUCUGUUACAGCCUCUUGAGGUCGGGUCAUGCACUUGCUACUCUUCACAAUAGUUGUAAUCGACCCUGGCCCUAUGUUCACCCUUUGGUCUGUACACGAUACCAACUGGUGCUAUAUUUAGGAUUCAGCUGUUUGUCUGUGUUGCCUCACACAAUUAGGUCAAUCUCUGCAUCAUUACAGCUUUACAUGUUUAAUCAUAUUGAUUUAAAUGCGUUAAAACCCUAAAUGGCCCCCAACGAUGCAAUAAAAUUAAGUCGUACUGAAAGGGACGUCCUUUGGUUGGACAACCACAAACCUCUGCCCCCAUAAUUCCACCCCCCCAUCAAAAAUCCACACUGUUUUUUGUACUAUUAUGUUUUAUAGGCAUUUAAUGUCUUCACAUGAUCCCUAAUGCAGGAUAUGAGCAUGCUUUGCCUUGUCUCAACACCUGGUGCCCGUACAAUGUAACUCUUCACUCUCGCCUCCAAUCAGGUGUGUGAGAAGUCUGUAUGCUCGCCAACCUGCUACCAAACACGCGGCCAUGGUCUUGUGUGUUAGAUCAGGUUCGAGGUCAUUGGUUCAGUUUCAUGUAAAGUGCCAAAACAUGCACCUUAUUUUUGUAUUUAUUUUUCUCCGUUCGUCCAACCCCUAGGGCCAGAAACUGCAUCCCUCUUUGAAUUGAAACACUUAAUCAUUGCUAAUGUAUUAGCGUCACAUUCUUCCAUACUGUCAUGGUUAUGGAAGACAAAGCACCGUGGGCUCUGUUAGCCACCUCAGGCCAAGUCGUCACUGUCACCAGUCCUGUGUCUGGGAGAGAGAGCUGAUUAGCUGACUGAGUGUACGUCUGGGUGUGUAUUAUGACCCCAGGCUGGCUGAAGGUGCAGCUUCGGGCUCCACUGACAGAAAGGUCAAGCGACGCACAGCAUUAGAGGGGGUGCCAAACUAGGAAACGACUUCUCGUGGUGCCACUUUGUUGAGUCACUGUCGGCGUUCAAGUCUAGUUGAGUUGUUUUGUGCACUGAGGUUUGCACAUACAUGAAAACUUAAAACCAAGCUCUGCAUUGCACUUACCAAACUAUUUGAUACAUAUUGUAAUUUGUACAUGUUUUAUAAUUUAGGUUGACGGCAUUUAGAAAAUGCAAUAUUAUUAUUUUCUGUUCCGUGUGUGGACGAGUGUGUUUUGUGUUUGUCUCUUUUAAAAAGCCAAGGCAUUUCAUAUUGUUGAACCCCCUCCCCACAUGGCAUGUCCGUCCAGUCACUUUUGGUACCAUUGACUUUGCCUCAUCUUAAUUGACAUUUUGUGUUGUCAUUUUGUUGUGCAUGCUGUUUAAUUUUGUACAAGGCAUAUGUUUAUUUAUCUAGAUUCUAAUGGAUAGCUCACAAUUUAAUGAAUUGGUGCCAAACUGAAGUAUACACAUGAAAAUACUGAUAACCAGCAGUUUUUAACCAUGUACCGGUCAUGUAAACAGGACAUGUGCUCUUCCACUUUAAUGACAUUUGCCUUGUAUGUUGGUCAGAGUGUCACUGGUGAGACUUAGUCUGUCGCAGAUUGUUUGCCUCACCAUGUGGAGUGUAAGCAAACUGAUGUAUGUUCCUGCAUAAUUAUUUUAUGAAGAUGUGAAUGACUUCUUUUAUUCGUAUUUAUGAUUUGUAUUGUUUAUGUUCUGUAACCAGAUUCUUUUUGUCUACUGUAAUGGAUUUUGUUAUGUCUCUUUAUCACAGCACAAAUCAUGCAGGCGUGAAUGUGCUGCUGCCAUGGUUCAUCUAGCGUCAAUGUUACGUGUAAUGUCAUCAUCUGAGGUGUAUACUAACUACUACUUUUAGAGCAAGGCUGAUGAAAAGCUGCAAACGUUAAUCUGCAAAAGGAAGGCGUGUUUAGAGUUAAGUUUGUGUGUGUAUUUUUUUGUAAUGGCCUAACUAACCAAUGUCCUGUUUAUUUUUGCCACCACUCUCACCAAAGUGCUUGUUCAAAGAGAGCAGAUGGACGACGACUAACACCUGGUCUGCGACGGCCUGCCACUCUUAAUGUUUGUGUCUGACAGAAAAAAAAAUCCUUUUUGAAACUGAUGUCAAUGUUUAGCCAAAUGACCACUCUGCUUCUUUUACGUCCCCCCCCCCCCCCAUCGUGUGUCCGGAGUAGUGAGGUGAUGGCGAUCUUGAAUUUUAUAUCCUGUGGAUUAAUACUGGAAGUACAAGAUAACCCUAGGUGUAGGAAAAACGGUAGCUUUUCACAUUUUGACCAUGUUUUUGAUUGAAGACAUUUUACAUACAUUCUAGUCAGUUUGUGUGGUGCAGUUGUACCCAGUAUAAAAAUAAAAUGCCUGCCUUAAAAGGUA